AUGAAGUACAUCACCGGCACUCUGCUGCUUGCAGCGGCAGUCGUUGCUGCCCCAACAGCUCAGCCUGUGGAGCGUGAUGGUGACAUGGCCCCCGUCGCCGAAGCCUUCGCCAACACCUUCCGCACAUUCAUCGGCCGGUCCGAAGAAGACGUCGCCAAAUGGCUCUCCAAAGGCGAAAAAGUCACAACGGAAACCAACGAAAGCGCCGCCAAAUGGAAACGCGACGCCGUCGACGCCGGCGACGACGCAGCGCACGCCCUCGCCGUGACCAAGCGCGGGCUGUACGUCCGGCGCGCGGCGGCCGAGGACGAGGAUUUCUGGAAAUCCGAAAACUCCAAGGCGGACGAGCUGGCGAAGAAGGCGAUGAAGUUGAAGCGCGAGGCGGGGGAGUUGGCGGGUGUGGCGGAGGAGGCGAGGGAUGCGUUUAUUGCGCUGCUGAAACGCUCGCCGGCGGCUUCUGGGGAGGAAAUCUCUGCGGCGGAGGAACGCUCUGCCAGCACGGCGUCUGCGGCGGAGAAUACCGCACGGGACGCCGAGGCGGCUAACCAGGAGGCCGCGGAGAGCUAUGCGACGGUGGCGUAUGCGUUGAAGGUGCGGGCGAGCCCGUAUGAUAUCGAGACGUUUGUCAAGCGGGAUCAGAUGAAUGCUGAGGUGGCGAUGAGCCAGGAGCGGAGGGUGAAGCGGGAGAGUUUCUUUGCGAGCAAGGCGGCGAGGAGGAGGGAGGCGUUGCAUGAGAGGGCGGUUAAGUUGAGGGGGGAGUUUGAGUAG